AUGUACCACUUCAGGAGGGCCAAGUGUCGCUCCAUCGAGCGAUGCGCAGACUAUCGACGGCUGGGCGAUGAGGGAAACCCCAGCCGGGCUGCCGACCUGGAGGAGCUCCUCAGCAUGCAGAUGACCCAAAAGACACGGGAUGAGUUUGCUGAACACUCCAAGGCGGCCUCCAUCUCAGACUCCCUGAAGUCUCUCAUGAGAGGCCAGGGGCCCCGUAUCGCCACUCGGCAACCCAGGCACAUCUACAUCCCUCGGUCCCCGCCAACCUCUCCGGCCUUCAAGCGACAGCCUGGCGGAGAGCGACCGCAGAAUGGCGAUGCCCAGGUGCUCAGUAUGAUGAGCGACUCCGGGCUCAGACCCACCAUCGUCUUCCACAAUGCCUGCGUCGCAGAACUCUAUGAGCAUGCACUGCGAUACGAGCCCGGCAGCCGGCUCACGGCCAGCGGGGCCCUGGCCGUCCCGCCGGGGGGCAGCACCAGCCAGACCCCGGGAGUCCUGAGCGUGGUCCGACUCAAGGUGCGCGUGGUCUGCGCGCGCCCCCACCACGCGCUCUCCGCGCGCAGCAUGCUCGUCGUGCCCAGCGCGGCGGAGCUGGACGGAUUCGGCCGCCCCGACCUCACGCUCUACAACGCCGGCGCCUUCCCCGCCAACCGCCGCGCCAGCCACAACGCCUCCGCCGCCUCCAUCGCGCUGGACCUGACCCGGCGCGAGCUGGUCGUGCUGGGCACGCUGUGCCCCGGCGACAUGCGGCGGGGGCUGCAGGCGGCGCUGAGCCACGCGCUGCCCGCCGCCGGCGCGCCCUGCUUCCACGCCGCCUGCGACGAGGGCGGUGCCGGGGACGCAGCGCUCCUCCUGGGCUCGGAGGGAAGGGCGGCGCUGGCGGGGAGGGGCGAGCGCCGCCUGCUCGCCGACGGCCUCGUGGCCUGGGGCGAAGACGGCGUCUGCGCCCUGGAGGGCGGCUGCCACACCGUGGCUGGCGCCUGGUCUGGGGCCGGGGACGGGCCGGGGGACGGGUUUGGCGUGCUGCUGGAGGGCGCAGCGGCGGAGGGCGGCGGCCGGGUGCCGGGCCUUGCUUCUCCGAGCACCACACCUCGCGUCCGGGCCACCUACCCCACGACCCUCGUACCCCGUAACCGCAUGCCCUGCGCCGCCCGGCACCCGGCCAAUCUCAUCAUGCUGUGCUGCGACACCCUGGGCGUGCUGCCCCCCGUCGCCCGCCUGACCGCAGACCAGGCCGUCUACUACUUCCUGAGCGGGUACUCAGCCAAGUCCACGGAGGAGGAGGGCGAUGCUGUCCCGCCGGAGCCCGCCUUCUCACCCUGCUACUGCUCUGACUUUCUGGUGUGGCACCCUGGCAAGUACGCUGCCAUGCUGGCCCCUGCGCUUCGCCGGCACGGCAUGCAGGCCUGGCUAGUGAACACGGGGUGGACCGGGGGCGGCGCAGGGGCAGGCGCCAGGCACGACCCGCGGCACAUCCAAGCAGUGGUGCACGCAAUCCUGUCGGAUGCGCUGCGGGGCGCCGACCUCGUCAAGCUCCCGGUCCUGGGACUAGAGAUGCCGCGCUGCGUGCCGGGGGUGCCAGCGCCCCUGAUGGACCCACGGGGUUGCUGGCCCGACGGCGAGGCCUACGAUGAUGGUAUACGCCGGCUGGCCGGGCUCUUUGCACAGGUAGAGAGUUGGUUGUGA